UUGGACAUCGAGACUCAGUCUUCCUAUUAUAAUCUCAUUUCCUUCCAAUCUCACAACCGAGCGCUUUUAGUUCUUGUCCUCUGUUUCAAACCCAAAGAAUAGGCACGGAGAAGUGAAGCAAAGAGAAAACGAAUUCAGACUUCUCCUUCGCUUACACGGUCAAUUCUUUUACUCUAUGUCCUCUGAACUUUUCCUCUUCGAUGGCCCUUUCUUUCGAAGUUCAAGUUCCGACAUGGUUUCCUCCGAUGCGGACUUGCAGUUCUUGUUGGAGCCUUUCCAUCCUUUUGCUGAACUACCCUUUGAUAUCCUCAAUGCCUUCUCCGACGACCCAGGCCUUCAAUUUCUGGCCGACCCAUCACCCCCCGCCCACCAAAGCCCGUAUGAUAUCGUCUCAUGUUCUCCCCCAAGCCAACAGCUAGACAAUUUAUCACUGAGCCCCACGACCUCUGUUCCCUCUGCUGUCGAGUCGGCUGUUGGUAAUACUCCAUGUUUAUUUGUUUUGGAUGACUUUGGAGUGAAAGCGGAGGGGGACUACAUGAAUUUUAAUAAUUUUCGUAUAGCUUCUACUUUUUCAAACGGUCAUGGUACUGGGAAGGGAACAGGGAUGAUGCAGAGGAGCUUCAGUAGCCAAUCUCUUGACCGAAAACCGAGUUUCUUCCAACCUUGUUUCAAUCCUCUCAUGGAAACCCCAAAUUUCCAAUUCCAGCCUGUGAGUUCGCAUGAAAAAAGUAAAACAUCGGUACCCAUGAGAAGGGUUUGCAGUACUGGAGAUUUACAAAGAAUCAAAGGAACGCAGCCAAACAAUCAAUUCUUCUCAAGCCCCUUAAGCACCGAGAAUUCGUUUACAGAAGAAGCUGGGUUCAAAGUCGGACGUUACAGUGCAGAGGAAAGGAAACAGAGGAUUGACAGGUACAGAAGCAAGCGCAACCAACGAAAUUUCAACAAGAUAAUAAAGUAUGCCUGUCGAAAGACACUAGCCGACAGUAGGCUUAGAGUACGUGGAAGAUUCGCCCGUAGCGAUGAAACUGCAGAGAUUCCCAACCGAGAUGAAGAAGACAAGCAUUGGAUUGACGGGUUCCACGAGGAUGAAGAGGAGACGAUGAGAGCAGGGUUCACCAAAAGCUUGGGCAACACUCGGCCUCAGUAGUAGGAGUCGGAAUUAUAAUGGCCGUGGUCUGUAGGUGGGGUUGAAGCAUUCUUCUUUUGUGGCAAGGGCUAUCUAAAUACAGCGCCGAUGGUUCAGCCUUCAGGUCUUGACUCCGGGGGUCUAUUGGGAUGACAAUUUUCACCCUACCCCGCCGGCAAAAUUGGUGUUUGGGCAGGGACAUGUUUUGGAAUUUUAUAAUCCAUAUGUAUACGGGUAGGGCAUGGUAUUAAGCCAAACCCGUCCUCACUUGGACAAUGGAUAUUAUGUAUUAUGUGUUUAAUUUAAUAAUGUUUUAUGAUACAUUAAAUUUAAUAAUAUUUUGAAUUAUAGGA